AUGCUUUUCACAGCCGGGUCAGAAGAGAAGGGUCACUGCCGUCCGAGAGCAAAGCGCAGGAAGGGGAGGAGUGCGGUGGAGAGGGGCAGUUCUUUCCAUCGUCAGGAUAAGGUGGCAUUGGCCGGUGGCGACGACGUGCUACAGUCUGGGCCUGCCAAAGACGGGGAGGGUAAGGGACGAGGGGCUGUAGGCGCUAAGGGCGACAGUGAUGGGGAGCGCAAGGGACGAGGGGCUGUAGGCGCUAAGGGCGACAGUGAUGGGGAGCGCAAGGGACGAGGGGCUGUAGGCGCUAAGGGCGACAGUGAUGGGGAGCGUAAGGGACGAGGGGCUGUAGGCGCUAAGGGCGACAGUGAUGGGGAGCGUAAGGGACGAGGGGCUGUAGGCGAUAAGGGCGACAGUGAUGGGGAGCGCAAGGGACGAGGGGCUGUAGGCGCUAAGGGCGACAGUGAUGGGGAGCGUAAGGGACGAGGGGCUGUAGGCGCUAAGGGCGACAGUGAUGGGGAGCGUAAGGGACGAGGGGCUGUAAGCACUAAGGGCGACAGUGAUGGGGAGCGUAAGGGACGAGGGGCUGUAAGCACUAAGGGCGACAGUGAUAGGGAGCGUAAGGGACGAGGGGCUGUAAGCACUAAGGGCGACAGUGAUGGGGAGCGUAAGGGACGAGGGGCUGAAGUCACGUACAAGCGGCGCAAGGUGGUUGACACGGGCGGUCACGACAGAAAAAUGAGGAAGGCUCGCCAGGGACGGAAACGGUACGCUUCACCCAGAUCGUCGUCCGGUUCCGAGGAGGGAUCCAGCAACGGGGAAUCUGGUAGUUCAUCUGGCAGCGAAUAUGGGGACGAGGAGGAAGAGGAGGAGGAGGAGGAGGAGGAGGAGGAGGAGGAGGAGGAGGAGGAGAGUGAGGACCAAGAUCUGGAGCCGGAAAGCGAGGAGGCGGAUGAGGUGCGUCCCAAGAGAAAGGGGCGUGAUCGGAAGGCCAAGAAGGGCAUUCCUAAGAGGAACCGUGACAAGGGUCGGGACAAGGGCCGUAAGGGGCGCGACAGUCGUGAGAAAUCGCAUGGCAACAACGGUCGCCGGCGUGUGGUUUCCCAGGUUGUCCGUGUGCGCCCCAAAGUGAAGCCCGAGCCUGAAUUCUAUGCGGAGAUGGGAGUGAAAGCAACUGCUGCUCCUACUGGAUAUCUUGAUCGUAAAGACCAGACCCGAAGGAGGCGUGACGAUCGCGAGGACCCUUAUGCUGCUCUCCGAGGGCCAUCACUAAAUGCUGGGAAAGGAGCAGACCCGUUGCCUACAGGGUCAUGGCGUCAUAACAAGGAGGGAAAAGACCCACUUGCGAAGCGUCUCGAGACACGGGAUUCACCGGAUCUUGAUAAAGACGACUUUAAGCCCAAACGGUACGCUGACCCAACGGCCGCAGCAGCAAACGACGGUGUGGCAGGUGGGAUGUGGGCAAACACAUUGGGUGAUUGUGGCGGAGUUAUGGCUGGCUCUCCGUAUGAUGAACGUGACGAAAGGGGCGACGACUACACCUGGAAAAGGGAUCCACACACGAACGAGGGGAGGGGUGAGAGCAUGUGCACGCCCGGUGCAUCUGGUCGUCUCAAUCCGGCUCGCCCCAAGACGGUGGAGCAGCUCACGCGAGAGCUUGAGCUAGCAAACAGCGAACUAGCAACCCUCAAGGCAAAACCAGCUUGCAAUGGCGUCAAAAACCGCGGACCCCCUUCCCAAGUUCCUCCUCUGGCACCUUUGGCGAGCGACCCAUCAUCUGGGGGCCUCAGUCCCGAGGUAGCUGAUGAGAGCACCCCGACAGAGGGCCAGCCCAUUCGGCGCAGGCAUGGAAUGCCCACUCUCGAGAAACUGAGGCAUGUCGUUCCAAACCCCCUCUGCCUGCACUACGUCUGUUCUUGCUCAUUCGUAACCCCCUUGCCAGCCCCACAUUGUCAUGGUUGUUCCUCGCCCAAACCCCUCUGCCCUGCCUGCCCCACCUCAGGAUCGAUCCUAAACCCCAACCCCUCUGCCCUGCCUGCCCCACCUCAGGAUCCUCACUCAAACCCCUCUGCCCUGCCUGCCCCACCUCAGGAUCCUCACUCAAACCCCUCUGCCCUGCCUGCCCCACCUCAGGAUCCUCACCCAAACCCCUCUGCCCUGCCUGCCCCACCUCAGGAUCCUAAACCCAAACCCCUCUGCCCUGCCUGCCCCACCUCAGGAUCCUAA